AUGGACGCAAUGCACGACGAGAUGGCCCCAGAUCAGCUCCUCUCUUCGACCCGCCAGCUUGCUAUAUCACAUUCUUCUCCCGCAUUGUCUGUACCCGCCGGCGAUCAUGGCCCGGGCUACGCCGUUUCCUCCACUCAGCUCGACUCCACGUAUCCGGCGGUCACUGAUGCCCGACCAUGGCCCCAAGCAGCCGAUGGGGUUCGUGACGAUGAUUACUACUACCAUCAUCACGAACAGUACCUUCUCGAGGCCUCGUCAGCGUCUUGUCUGGCGUUGUUUCGGCCUCCAUAUCAGCCUACAGGCGCCAUUUCAGAAAUUCCAAACGAGAUCAUGCUGCACAUCCUUGGCUAUUUGGAUGUGAAUGAUCUCUUGUCAACUUCGAGGACCAAUCAUCACCUGCGUCACCUGUCCCUCUCGCCUAUUCUCCAUCACUAUCGGCUCCGUCACACGCGUGCCAUCCUGCCGCCGUUGUUAUCUUCCCCUUCCCGCCCUUCUCUAGCGGAGCUCAUCGCCCGCUCCAUCUUUCUGACUCACACAUCGGUCGUCUCGCGACGCCUUGCUCGCUCUCUGGUCUCCAUCCGACUGUCCCGCCGACUGGCCUCGCGGCCCUCGGCCGAAGCCCUCGUCAAGCGGGCUGUGCUCCCGCCGGAAUGUGUCCCCGGAAUGAGUUUGGUGCAAGUCGCGCCCGCUCUCGUUGCGAAGCGCCGCGCUAUUGAAAAGGAGAAGGUCAAGGAUGGCUUGAGAAAGUGGGUAGAGGGCGUGUGGAAGGGCGAGGUACGUCAGCGAGAAGAGGGUAUCAAGAAGUGGGAGGAGACCAAGGGCGUGGGUAGGGUCUGGCGGCUCCGACGAUUCUGGGAGCGUGUGUCGAGGGGCGACGGUGCCGAUCUCCGGUAG